AUGCCGGGCCGAGUCGCCGUCGCGCCGAGGUGGAGCUUCGUCACCAGUGUCGCCAUCGGUUCCGCCGCCGCCGACUUCCUUCCCAGCGCCGCCACCGCAUCCUAUGGCACCACGGCCACCUCAAGUAGCAGGAUGGGGACCCAGACCAAACUUCCCCCAAGAUCCAUGGGUCUAUUCACCAGGUGGUUUUCUAAAUUUUCUUCAACGACUACACUAUCCGUCACAGCCACAACGGCGAGGAGAAAAAAUUCAUUUGGUUGGUCAGACUAUGAGCUUCAACCCAAUAACUCCACCACCACCACCACACCACCAAGUGCCUAUGGAACAGCAACAUCGCAAGCUGUGAAGGAAGGCACUUCAACAAACGAGAUGGUGAACAUUGACAUUGAUGAAGAUGACAACAAUGAGGCAAAUAGGCCAGUAAAGAAAAGAUAUUGGAGUCAUGAAGAGGAAGAGAGAUUGCAACAGCAACUUCAGGUCUACAGCAGAAGUAUAGCUGCUUUUGUUCAGCGGCAUGUGCACCAGGCUUGA